CUGUUUGAUAAAGCCGCUGUUGAGAUCAAGGUUGUAUAUCAGUAUCUAUUUACCUUAAUUGCUAAAUUUUCGUUUUUACGACAUGCUUACAAUAGAAGAGUCGUCGCUUUUUUCUACUUUUCCGGUCAAUGGGUCGUCGAUGGUAUCCCACGGGUCGAUCUCUAUUACUAUUUUGUACCAAUUAUCAUUGUUUUGAUAGGAAGUUAUUUCGUUGCGGAUUUGUUCUUUGAUGUCUAUGAGAUGGCCGUCGAUACAACUUUUAUAUGCUUUUUGGAAGAUUCCGAGCAGAAUGAUGGCAGCCCAGAGAAGCCUUUCUAUAUGUCGAAAAAUCUUCAAAAUAUACUAGACGUGAAGAGUGCGACAUGA